UGUUUAGUUCGUUACUGCGUCCUGCGGAAUUCAGGCCCCAUCCUCCACAGCUGGGUUUCGGGUGUCUCGGUAACGUAAACGUCUGAACCCGGUUGUCGCUCUCGCUUUGAGACCGCCCCUACCGCCGAUGGCGGCGUCGCCAGAAGGCUCGGUUCGGUCCCGGGAGUCCGGGCCCGGUUCCGGUUAAAAUCGCUCCGACUCAGCUUGAACAUCUGGAAGUUCUCAGUUCAUUUACUGUGAAGCCCAGCUUGAAGAAUUUUGAGCAUCAUUUUGCUAGCGUGUGAGAUGAAUGCAGUUUUGGAGUAGUUUGAACAUUCUUUGGCACUGCCUUUCUUUGGGAUUGGGAUGAAAACUGAUUUUUUGCAGACCUGUGGCCACUGCGGAGUUUUCCAAAUUUGCUGGCAUGUUGAGUGAAGCACUUUCACAGCAUCAUCUUUUAGGAUUUGAAAUAGCUCACCUGGAAUUCCUUCACCUCCACUAGCUUUGUUCGCAGUGAUGCUUUCUAAGGCCCACUUCACUUCGCAUUCCAGGAUGUCUGGCUCCAGAAUAAUCUUACCUGAAGAAUCUAACAAACAGAGGAGGAAAGAAGAAGGAAUGGAGCUUUCCCAGGGACUGUUUACAUUCAAGGAUGUGGCCGUAGAAUUCACUCAGGAAGAGUGGGAAUGUCUGGAUCCUACUCAGAGGGCCUUCUACAAGGACGUGAUGCUGGAGACCUACAGGAACCUGCUCUCCUUGGGAAGCUAUUUUGCCACAUUUGCAAUCAAGGAAUUAUCAUCCCCCAAAGAGGACAUCAAUAAAGGAGAAUUAUGCCACCUGAUGACAUUAGAGAAAAAUGAAACUUAUGGCAUCAAGGAUUUUGACCUCAAGGAAGUCUGUCAAAAUAUGCAGGAGAGUGAGAGUGAGUGGGGAUGUGAUGCAAGAAAUGACAAAGAAGUGCUUUUGACCCACAACAAAAAUCUCAGUCAGAGGGAAGAUCAGGAUAAUAAAUCCUUAAUUAAUUUUCCUCAGAAUGUUUCUGUAAUAAGUAAUACAUAUGAAUAUUUCACGCAUGACAAGCCAUUCAUAAGAAAUUUGUUAAUGAAAUUUGAUAACAUAAUCAUCACUGGGAACAAUAUAAAGUGUUUGGACUGUAGAACUGGAGCAAGACUGCAGACACAGGUGGCUGAACUGCAGAGAUUUACAACUGAGGAGAAAAUGUGUGGAGGCACUCAAGUUGAGAAGUCAGUCGGCAACGGGUCCUCAGUUUCCCAACUUCAUCAAAUUCCUCCUAGUGUGGAAACCACUGUGUUAUCUGCCCAACACAGGAGAACACACAUUCAAGAAAAAUCUUACAACUGUAAUGACUGUGGGAAGGCCUUUAGCAAAAAAUCAAACCUCACAAAUCACAAGAGAAUUCACUCUGGACAGAAACCUUACAGAUGUAGUGACUGUGGCAAAGCCUUUAACCACCAGUCCCACCUUACAGCACAUCAGAGAGUGCAUGCAGAAGAGAAAGCAUGUAAAUGUGAUGUCUGUGGCAAGGUCUUUAGUCGAAAUUCACAUCUUGCGAAUCAUCAGAGGAUGCACACUGGAGAGAAACCUUACAAAUGCAAUGAAUGUGGCAAAGCUUUUACCCAAUUUUCACACCUUAGCAGACAUCAGAAGAUGCAUGCUGGAGAGAAACCACACACAUGUAAUGAGUGUGGCAAGCAUUUUACCCAGCGUUCAAACCUUAUGGCACACCAGAGAAUUCAUACAGGAGAAAAACCUUUUAAAUGUAAUAAAUGUGAUAAGGCUUUUAUUGAACGGUCACAGCUUUGGGGUCACGAGAGAACUCAUACUGGAGAGAAACUUUACAAAUGUGAUGAGUGUGGAAAAGCCCUUACAAGACAUUCAUAUCUUACACAACAUAAAACCAUCCACACUGGAGAAAAACCUUACAAAUGUAAUGAGUGUGGCAAAGCUUAUACCCAGUUUGCAAGUCUCACGAGGCAUCAGCGAAUCCAUACUGGCCAGAAACCUUAUAAAUGUAAGGUAUGUGGCAAAGCCUUUAACUGUAGCUCAAGUCUCACUCGACAUCAGCGAGUUCAUACUGAAGAGAAGCCUUUUAAAUGUACAAAGUGUGGCAAAGCCUUUAAACAGAGCUCAAGUCUUAAUCAUCACCAGCGACUUCGUACUGGGAAAGAAAAGCCUUAUAAAUGUAAAGAUUGUGGCAAAGGAUUUAUCAAAAUUACGAGCCUUACUCCACAUCGCCGAAUCCAUACUGGAGAGAAACCUUAUAAAUGUAAGGAAUGUGGCAAAGCCUUUACCCAAAAUUCAAGCCUUACUCAACAUCAGCGAAUUCAUACUGGAGAG